CCUCAAUGAAGCUGAACCCCUCGUCUGGGUGAAGAGCUCCAGUCCCCAGCACAAGAACACACUUUACACAUCUGAGGGUCCCGAAUGACUAGAACAUUGCACCGAACCCGGGCUGUACUGACAUGAGAGGCUGCUGAUAGCUAAGAGAAAAGUAGCAAGGAUGGUUUUCAACAAAGGCAUGUCAAGAUGCCUCAGAAACCAUCAGCAAUGGAAGAAUAGUUUGUCAUGGAUGCUUCUGUCACUUAUGCUAUUAGGGUAUCUUUCCAAUACUGUUGAUGCUGGUGGCAAAUCUUACACAGGACCCUGUGGAGGACGGGAUUGUAGUGAAGGAUGCCAGUGUUAUCCAGAGAAAGGCAGCCGUGGGCAACCAGGACCACUUGGUGGUCAAGGCGUCUCAGGACCGCCAGGACUAAUUGGAAUAGAGGGAAUACCAGGUCGUAAAGGAGACAAAGGUGAAAGAGGCCAUCCAGGGGUCACCGGUCCUCUUGGAGAUAAGGGCCAAAGUGGUGUCACAGGGUUUCCAGGAGCCAAUGGUGUACCUGGUCACGUAGGACAAGGAGGACCCAGAGGAAAGCCAGGAUUGGAUGGUUGCAAUGGAACAAAGGGCGAUGGUGGGGAGCAGGGGUCAAGAGGUCCAAGUGGUCCUUCAGGUUAUUCUGGUGAACUAGGCUCCAAGGGCCAGAAAGGUGAACCUUAUUAUAUAUCAGUGGACUUGAAAAUAAAAUUUAGGGGAGAUCCUGGUGAACCGGGGAUUAUUGGAGUUCCUGGUCCAAGGGGUUCACCUGGAGUUAUAGGAUUUAUUGGCCCAAUGGGUCAACCUGGGUUUCCUGGAGCUCCAGGGCCUCCAGGACUACCAGGACCACAAGGAAGUAAAGGCAUUGGAUUUUAUGGACAGAAAGGAGAACAGGGUGAACAAGGCAGUCCUGGACCUCCAGGCCUUCCCUGCCAUUUAACAGGCGAACCAGGGACCACAGGACCCACCGGUGCACCGUGCCACCUAGAAUUGGUGAAGCCGUCUGAUGUAUCCUUGAUUGAUUAUUUAGGAGACAAGGGGGACAAAGGAGAGAAAGGGCAGUCUGGAUUACCAGGUCAAAGAGCUAUUGAUGGAGAAAAAGGUGAAGACGGUGUAAUGGGCUUCCCAGGAGCAAGGGGUUUUUCAGGCAGUGAUGGAGAGUCUGGUGACACUGGAUAUGAUGGACUGCCUGGUCCAAAUGGUAAUCCGGGAAUACCUGGCUUUAACGGAAUGAAGGGAGAACGUGGUGAAAUAGGUUCUCGAGGACCUACAACCUAUGUUACGAAGCCUGCAACACAAAAAGGAUCAAAAGGAGAUAUUGGCUUCCCUGGAAAUACUGGUCUUGAUGGGAAUAGUGGUGACAUAGGAGAUACUGGACUUCCCGGUUUAAUGGGAAGACCAAGUCCAUUCCCUGGACAGCCGGGCUAUCCAGGUUUAAAAGGGGAAAGAGGUCAUAAAGGAUACCAAGGUGAUCCUGGAUUUCCUGCCUUUCAACCUGGAACUGCUGGAGAACCUGGAGAACAAGGACCUCCUGGAUUACCAGGAUAUCCUGGUGGACGCAUUGGACUUAAAGGUGCAACAGGACCACAGGGGCAAGAAGGUCUAAAUGGAUUUCCUGGCCUAGCUGGCUUAAAAGGAUUCAAAGGGGAACAAGGUGAAUGUAGAUGUCCUGCUGAUGAAACCGUAAGAGGGCCUGCUGGAGUUCCGGGACCUGUAGGAUUUUCAGGCUUACCAGGUAUACCUGGUUAUAAAGGAGAAAAGGGAGACAGAGGCGUUCCUGGUCUACCUGGUGCCCCAGGUAUAGAGGGUCCUUCAGGCCUCAGUGGUUUUCCUGGGGCUGCUGGCGAGAAGGGAGACACAGUCUUUGCUACAGAGAAAGGUGCAAAGGGUGCUGCAGGAGAUCCUGGUAUACCUGGCAAUGCAGGAUAUGAAGGAUCUCCAGGAAAAGAUGGAGCCUAUGGAAUUCCUGGCUUACCAGGUCCUCCUGGGGAUGCUGUUAAAGGGCUCAUUGGUGAGCCUGGGUUUCCUGGACCUCCAGGUCCUGAAGGCCCUAGAGGUGAGACUGGCCUGCCAGGUAUAGGAUUUCCAGGCCCUAAAGGCACACGUGGACCUCCUGGACCACCAGGGCUGAAUGGAUUACCAGGAUUUCCUGGAUUACCAGGUUUAACAGGUGAUUGCUUUAAGCAGUCUGGAGAUGAACAAACAGACAAUGGAUGUACUUUAUCCCCACCACCUGCACCAGCAGGAGCACCUGGACCAGCUGGAUUACCAGGAUUUAAUGGUAUCAGAGGAUUGAAAGGUCAGCUGGGAACCCCUGGUCCAGAUGGCACUCAAGGAUUUAAAGGAAUCAGAGGUGAUCCUGGACCUGACAGCUUGCCAGGGCCACCAGGAUUUCCAGGGAGGCGAGGAGAUCGUGGUUUACCUGGAUUACCAGGUUUGCCCGGGCUACCUGGCCUAGAGGGUAAAUUAGGUAUAAAAGGAUUUGAUGGUCAGAAAGGUGGUCCAGGUGACGUUUUAGGUGCUCCUCCAGGAAUUCGGGGAGACAUUGGCUUUCCUGGUUUCUCAGGUCCAAAAGGCAAUCAAGGCGAACCAGGAUUACCAGGAGUGCAAGGCAUCAAUGGUAUACCUGGGACUCCAGGACUGAAAGGUAUUCAAGGUGAUUCUGGAAUUCCUGGUGCUCCAGGCUUGCCAGGGCCAUCAGGUAAUGGUGGCUUUCCAGGAAUGCCAGGAAAAGAGGGAACACCAGGAACUAUUGGAUCCCCUGGAUCUCCAGGUUCUCCUGGACCAAGAGGAGAUGACGGUGUAAAAGGUCAGCCUGGACAAUCCUGGAUAAAAGGGCAGCCAGGAGAUACAGGAAGUGCAGGCAUUAUUGGUAUAAGGGGAAGACCAGGAGAUCCAGGCUUUCCUGGUUUGACUGGGAUGGAUGGACACCCUGGUGUAAAAGGGGCAAAGGGUUCCCCCGGCAUGGUAGGAUUUGAGGGAAUGAAGGGAGUAAAAGGAAGACCUGCAUGGAAUGGACGUAAGGGACAAUUUGGCAAUGUUGGUGCACCAGGACUUAGAGGACUUCCAGGAGAUCCAGGCACAAAAGGUGAUCGAGGAGAAGUCGGCCCACCAGGACCUAAACCUGAAAUGAAGCCAGAAAUGUUAAUGGAGAUGAAGGGACAGAAAGGAGAUUAUGGUCUUCCUGGAAUGAAAGGAUACACAGGGCAAAAAGGAUAUAAAGGCAUGCCAGGUCACCCUGGGCAACAUGGACAGCAUGGCUUACCUGGAAUUCCCAGCUAUGAACAAGGUGUUAAAGGAGAAGGUGGAGCAUUAGGGCAACCUGGUUUUCCAGGAGUUCCGGGCCAAGUUGGCCCACCAGGCAUUAAUGGAUUCCCAGGAUUUACUGGUCCCAGAGGUUCAAAGGGUAUGCCUGGCUUAUUUGGCCUUCCAGGGGAAAGGGGUGCUGAAGGAGAUAAAGGACAAGGAGGAGACACUAUAGAAAUACCUGGAGAGAGGGGUUUUAAGGGUCUGACAGGAGACGGUGGAUUGCCAGGACUCAGAGGAAGACUUGGAGACAAGGGAUUCCAUGGAAGUGCAGGGUUCCCAGGCAUUGAAGGAAUGAAAGGAGAAACAGGACAACCAGGAGAAAGGGGAAGCAUAGGUUUACCAGGCCUUCUGGGUUUACCUGGUGCACAAGGUGAUCCUGGAUUCCCUGGCAUUCCAGGUGAAAAAGGAAGUACUGGUUUUCCAGGUGUACCUGGUCAACAAGGCUUUCCUGGGCUCAGAGGACUCCCUGGCAUUGAAGGACUGACCGGGACAAAGGGACAGUCAGGCACGCCAGGCACAGAUUCAUUUGGUAGCCCGGGCUUCAAAGGCCCCAGUGGUGCAAAAGGGGACCAGGGUGAGCAAAGUAAUGUUGUUGGAUUACCUGGUAAUCCAGGUGUGAAAGGAGCCAGGGGAGAGCCAGGUUUGCCCGGUGUUAUGGGUUUACCUGGACCAGAUGGUGUUCGUGGUGUUCCUGGUGUUUCUAACUACUCAGGUAGUCCAGGAGAUGUGGGCUCUACAGGUCCUCUAGGGCAACCAGGCUACCCAGGCCCCCAAGGAAGACCAGGUUUGCCCUCACGACCAGGUGAGAAAGGAGAGCCAGGACCACUCGGAUUACAAGGAAACAUUGGUGAUAAAGGAAUUCAGGGUGACAGAGGACCACAAGGAUUUACUGGCAUUCUAGGUUUUCUUGGGGGGAAAGGUGAAACAGGUGUGCAGGGAAGUGAAGGUGCACCUGGACUACCUGGAUUCCCAGGCGACAGAGGUCCUAAAGGACCAAAGGGUAACCAAGGACCACAAGGUCCACAGGGUCAACUUGGAUCUCCAGGAUUUCCUGCGGAACCAUUACAAAUGCAAGUGGAACCAGGUCCAAUUGGUAUAACAGGUGUUAUAGGCCCUGAAGGCAUCAGGGGAGACAUGGGACCCUUAGGUCUUGUUGGUGAUAAAGGUGCACAGGGUCCACACGGCAAACAAGGUGUACCAGGUACAUCUGGAAGAUCUGCAGCACCUGGCAGUCGUGGAGACCAAGGGUCUAUGGGACAGAGGGGUCCUUUAGGAUUUAAGGGAAACCCUGGUGUACCAGGUACUGUUGGGUUGCCAGGCAUGCCAGGAAGAAGUGUAAACAUUGGCUAUCUCCUAGUAAAGCACAGCCAGACUGACCAAGAGCCCAUGUGCCCGGUUGGCAUGGCUAAAUUGUGGAGUGGAUACAGUCUGUUGUAUUUUGAAGGGCAGGAGAAAGCGCACAACCAAGACUUAGGUCUUGCUGGAUCUUGUCUGCAGCGAUUCAGUACAAUGCCCUUUUUAUACUGCAACCCAGGUGAUGUGUGCUAUUAUGCCAGUCGCAAUGAUAAAUCUUACUGGCUGUCGACCACAGCUCCUAUUCCAAUGAUGCCUUUAGUGGAAGAAGAAAUUAAACCCUAUAUAAGUCGUUGUACUGUCUGUGAGGCUCCUGCAGUUGCAAUUGCCAUCCAUAGCCAAGAUGCAUCCAUCCCAUUCUGCCCGGAUGGUUGGAGAAGCUUGUGGAUUGGAUAUUCGUUCCUUAUGCACACGGCCGCAGGUGACGAGGGCGGUGGACAGCCUCUUUCCUCUCCUGGCAGCUGCUUAGAAGACUUCAGAGCAACUCCAUUUAUUGAAUGCAAUGGUGGUCGCGGAACUUGCCAUUAUUUUGCUAACAAAUACAGCUUCUGGCUUACAACUAUUGACAAGACAUUUCAGGGUUCUCCGUCUGCAGAUACACUGAAAGCUGGCCUAAUUCGAAAUAAUAUUAGCCGAUGCCAAGUUUGCAUGAAAAAUCUGUAAAAUAAAUUUUAUGAAUAUCUUUUUAUAAGAAAAACAUUUAACAAAUGUAUUAUUGGUGCUCAGUUUUUAACUUAUUACCUCACUAGCUGUUCUCUCAUUUUGUAAGAAAAUAUUGUUAUUUUGGUUCCCCCUCUGAUUCGGGAGCAACGUCAUUGCAGAGAAUUCUACUCAGACUUUCAUUUAUACAUACUUUAUUACUAUAACUGCAAGGUUUCGUAAUUCGUUUCUCUAGAUUAAAUAAAAUAAUCAAGUGAUGCAUAAAUGAACUAUUUGAUGAACUUAACAUUUUUCUUUGUAUACCUUUCCCAUGCUGGAUUGAAUAGGACUAGUGUGGAUCAUAUUGCUAAGUAAAAACAAUUACAAGGUUUUGAGCCACUCCCUUCCAUUAUUUUUCUGUAGGGCAAAAGGAAUAACACGUUUUCCUCUGUAAAAUGACUGUAUAUGCUAUACUAACAGGCAUCGUGCCAGUCUCUGUCAGUGCCUUUAUUCUGAUGCCUGUAGGUCAAGAGUAGGGAUUUUUUUUUUCUUCACUGCAUCAUUAUUAUUAGAUUGCUGAUAAUAAUUUUCUAUUUUAACAUUGUAUGAGUUGUGCUAACUAUGCAGUUUCCUGAUAUUUAUUGUGGCUCAAACCAAAACUAGAACUACAAUUUAGACAGGCUUCACAUAGCCGUAGAAAGGCCACAAUACUUGCACUUUCCAUGGUUCUUCUGAACCAGAUUUAGGUCCCUGUAGAGCACUAUGAUAGCUUACAUCGAACAAAGGGAAGUCUAGGUGAUUGGCCAAAACCGAAAACCGAAAAUGUGGCCUCAUUACAGUCUUAUCAAAGUAACCUUUAGGGGGUUAUUCCAACUCUUUAAAAAAUAUGUUGUUUAUAUGGUGUGAGACUCAUUACUUACUAUUAUAUUGUCUGUAGCUACGAUGCUUCCAUUGUUUAUCAUCUGUUUGUAUGACAUCCCAUACAAUUAACUAAUGAAUAUCUCCCCUCUCCGUGAUCUGGGAAACAUCUGUGCCUUAUCUCUACUUUUCUCUGGCUCUCCCCUAAUAAUCCCUUUCUCAGUAGCGAUUGUGUUUCACAUGCUGGAAAGCAGCUCUAGUAAGCAAUGGAAGAGCAAAGCUGUGGCUGGCAACAGAGUUGUGAUGUGUGUGAAGACAGUGAGUAACUAAAGCUUUACCAUACAUUUUGUAAUAGAGGAGUGUACCCUGCUGUCAAUAGGGUCAAAAAAACUGUGUUCGUUACAAUGUAAUCAUGCUCCACAGCAUGCCAAAGCGUCAUUAAUACUAAAUUGCUAUACAGAGCAUAAGAUAACAAAGAAAAUGUUAUUUCUGACCUCUGGUGGCAUCACCUGUUAAGCAUUCACACUAAUUUAAAUACUUUAACAUAUUUUCUUUUAGCUCAGAAAAAUCCUUUAAGUUAAAAUCUAGUACCCAAUGGAUAUAAUAGAUAAAAAAUUAACUACAAGGGUUGUGCUAAGACUGCAAAAUCUGCACAGCACCACACCACACUAGUUGUAAAUCAUUUUAUAUGUUCUUUUAUAUGAUUUCUGCUUUGAAAAUAUUUCUGCAAUGUAGUUACAUAGUCUUUGCAACACUGUUUUGAUAAACCUUUAUUUUUUAUGUAUCAAUUGAAUGGAUUCUUAAGUAAACUUGUUCCAUUUGCAUAGUCUCAUUUUCACUUUCCCUAAAGCACUUGCUAAAAUGAUGAAUGAAUUAAGCAAAUACAAUGUCUAUACUGUACGUAAAGUUUACUUAAAAUAACCAAAACUGUGUAAAUAAAAUUUAUUUAACAUUAUGUGACAUUGCUAACACCUUUGGGCCUAAAUAAGUAAGUGCACAGUGUGUAUACACCAUAUUCAGUAUUAGCAGAUAAGUGUAUGUGCUGUAAUGGUGGGUUACAAAACUAAACAUUGCUAAAUGUUAUAUACUACAAGCAUCAACAGCUUCUUGCGAACCAGCCUCAUUCUCAUUGUAUGUACAGUAUAUGGUUUACAUUUCAUUCUCAGUAAAUAGCUAUGGGUAUAUAUUAGUGUGAUUAUUCUGCUUUUUUAUGGUGUAACCAAAUCUCUCUGAUUUGCCCAUGGUAACCAAUCACAGUUCAGUUUUCAUUUUACCAGAGAUAUGAAAGCUGAGUUGUGAUUGGUCGCUGUAGGGAAAAUGAUUAAUCUAAAUUGCUUUUAUCUCAUACAACAUUUCUGCAAGAAAAAAGUGCAUUGUCUUAUGUGUGAAUAGGAGUAUCAUUGUGUAAGGCACAUUCCUCAAUUUAAACAAAUUUGCUUACAAUUUAGCAGUAUUCAUUGACAGCAAUUAAAAGUGUAAAUUUAAUUAUUUCUGUAUUGGUCUGAUGUCCAGGUCAAGAACUGUAGAUCCAGUGUAUGAAAAUCCUAUAGACAGCAGCUAGCAUGUCUUGCUAACAUGAGGCAGAAAACUUAUUUUAAUAUGCCUUGAACUAGCCCCUCCAGGAGCAAUAUUCAGUACAGAGUAUAAGUUGCCUGGUGAGCAACUGGUGAUCAGGGCUUUCAGCAGUGGUCCUCAAUGCGAUCAGCUGGUCUCAGUGGUCUCUUGUGGUUUCACAACCCUUUUAACGGCAUUACACUGCACAACAUUGAGCAUUCUGUA